CGCUUGAAUGGUUUGAAGAGGCAUCUCAAUGAGCUUCUUCUCGCCAUCGAUGAUGACAUUGCUCAGUAUUCGUCUAUUUCCGAUUUCAACUACAAAAGGAAUCUCAUCAGAGCAGCUGUUUGUGAGCUGUGCGAUAAUCCCGAUCAAAGUAUCGAAGGACCGGAGGUUCCCGUUGAACCUUUACAGCUAUACUCAGAAUGGUCGCAUGAUGACGCAGGUCCCUCUGAAUAUGCGGAAUCUGAAGCGUAUGUGACCGGUGAAGCUCUCUACUUCAACGAUAUAAAUACUGAAGGUGUCCUCCAUGGUGCAGUUGUUCUUUCGACUGAAGCUCAUGCAAAAAUUCUCAAAGUGGAUACUACAGAAGCAAUGAGCCUUGAUGGAGUCGUGAAAUAUGUCGAUAUCCAUCAAACCUCAUUCGAAAUAAUCCAGGAUAUCCCCAGAGGAGGCACAAAUUAUCCAGGAUCAUUAUUACGCGAUAUAUUCGGACCUGAUGAUACACCAAUGUUUGCCGAUGGAGAGGUAAGUACACAGUUUGUGCUGGCAUUCGGGCAACUGAUCGGACUUGUAGUGGCUAGAGAUCCAGUGACAGCUCGUCGAGCAGCAACCCUCGUAAAAGUUCAUUAUCAAGAACUUCCAGCAGUGCUUACGAUGGAGGUGAGCAGUAUUUUAGGCGAGAGCUAUCACGAAAAUUGGGUUAUACACACGACGACACAGUCAAUGAACUUGCACCAACUUUUUACAGCGGCCGUCUUAGGUGUUCCAGCUCAGAAUGUUACUGUUAAGGUGAAACAUGUAGGAGGCUCUUUCGGUGGUAAAUACACUCAAAGUGCCCUGACUGGAGCUUGGGCAGCAGUGGCAGCCUAUGCACUGAACCGUCCAGUCAAGGUUAGGCUGACGAGAUUCGAAGACAUGUUCGUCACUGGGAAACGUCAUCCAGCCAUGGUGAAGUACAAAGUUGGAGUGAGUACAAGUGGUCUACUCCGUUGCGCAUAUCUAAAAGUGUAUCUCGAUGGAGGUUAUGCUGUCGAUACAUCACAUGUGGUUGCUUACUUGUCUACUGCUCUAUCCGAUACAUGUUACAAUAUCCCAGUUAUGAGAGCGGAAGGAUACGCACUGAAGACGAAUAAGUCGAACAACACUGCUAUGAGGGCCAAUGGCAUGCCUCAGGCAUUCUUCGCGAUGAACGGAACCAGCUGUACUGACAAGGACACUACAGCUGUGGUUCAUUUAACGACUUACGUAACAGUAACCUUUGCCAUUAAGAUAAUGGAAAUGAAUUUCAACAAGGGUGGAGGAGUACGGUUAUCCGGGGAGCCGAUUCCAAAUGACGCCCUAUUGGAGUGCUGGAAUGAAUGCCUGGAAUUCAGUGAAUUCGAUAGAAUACGUAAAGAUGUCAACCGAUUUAAUGCCACAUCGAAGAAUGUGAAGCUAGGGAUAGCGCUGAGUGCAACUCGAAUGGGUUUAGCCCAUCCUGGAGCAAAUGAACAGGCAGAGGCGUUGGUGCAAAUUUGUAUGGAUGGAAGCGUUGAGAUAAAGAUUGGAGGAAUUGAAAUGGGACAAGGACUGAAUACAAAGUGUAUACAAAUAGCCAGUCGAACGUUGGGUAUUCCUAUCUCAUUAAUAAAGAUAGUCGAUGCAAGCACGGAUAAUACAUGUAAUGAUCCGGCAGCCGGCGGAAGUCAGGAUGCAACAGCUCACGGGCGAGCUGUUCAGGCAUGUUGUGAGCGGUUGAUGGUCGGUCUACGUGCAAUUCUUAAAGAAGAACCAGAUUGGUGCAAAGCCGUUCAGAAAGCUCAUAACAUGCGACUACCAUUGAAGGCCUCAGAACAUACACGUAUUGAUCGAGAGAAACACGGAAUUCCACUACAAUCGUCUGUGUACAACACUACUGGUGUGGCUUGUAUUGUUUCACAGAUUUUAUCCGUGGAUAUUGUAAUGGAUGCUGGCCGAAGUUUAAAUCCAGCAGUAGACAUUGGCCAGAUAGAGGGCGCGUUAAUGAUGAGCUAUGGGAAUUUCACAUGUGAAGAACUGACUUAUGACGACAAAGGGAAAAUGUCGGACGAUAUGUUUUCUAGAUACAAGUUCCCAUCGUCCCUAAUGACCCCGAAGAGGUUCCGUGUAAAACUCCUCAAAAGAUCUGACGGUUCGGAAGGACAAAUUUACUCUUCGAAGAGUGUUGGCGAUCCAGCAACGGUGCUGGGCGUGGGCAUAUACGCUUCACUUCGAUACGCCAUCAAUGCACGACGUCAAGAUAUUGGACGAACAAAGUGUCUUUUUCGUCCAUCGUUCCAAAUGAAAACCAGUGAUCUUCGAUUUAACGUCAAUGGAAACGAUGUCUGUGCGGCGAAUAUUGAUCCCGAGACGACGCUAGCCUCGUAUCUACGAAAUACACUUGGUUUAACUGGCACAAAACUUGCAUGUGAAGAGGGAGUAUGUGGAGCAUGUACAGUAGUGAUUGGAAAAUGGGAUUACAAAGCGAAGAAGGCGAGGAGAUAUGAUUACAGGUAUAUAGCAGUGAAUGCCUGCCUCUUUCCUUUAUAUAUGGUCCAUAACCAUUUGGUCUUGACUGUGGAAGGAAUUGGGAAUACAAAGAAGAUUCAUCCAAUUCAAGAUCGUCUUGCUCGUGGCCAUGGUACUCAGUGCGGUUUCUGUUCCCCUGGCUUCGUGAUGUCAGCCUAUGCUCUUCUUCGUACGAAUCCUACUCCGUCUAUUCAUCAGAUCAAUCAAGCCGUCAAAGGUGAGGCAUGGUUUAGAAUAGGAAUCUGUGCCGUUGUACUGGAUAUCGACCUAUUCUUGAAGCUCUUUAUUCGUUUAGUGAAAGACUCAUCUUCUUGUCCGUGUAAGGAGAAUGGCAUGAUCGCUGGUCAAUCAAAACUAGUUACUUUUGGCGAUUUUCCGAAAUUCGACGAAACUCAAGAAAUUAUCUUUCCUCCGACCUUAAUCAUGGGAAAAACAACAGACGAUUUGUACUUGGAAGGUGAUCGAGUAACACUUGUAACACCGACAUCGUGGAAGCAGUUUGAUGAUUGCAUAAAAAUGGACGAUAAAGUGACCCUUGUCUCGUCAGGGAUGAUUUCCAGACUGAUGCGUUGUACACACAUUUUGCUUUAUAACCUCAUUACCUCUGCGAUAGAAUCGCACGUUCCCCCUUUACCCCUUGGCGUAUGGGUAACGAGUUGGGACCCUUUGUGGUUCGUGAUCAUAAACGAGGCAUCAGAAGAAAAAUAUGACUGGAAAUUUCUCCAACUCCUUUCAGAACUUGCACAGUCUCCAAAACAACAACGUACCAAAUGGGUGAGUCUACAUAAACUUCCCUCACUGAAAGCAGUCGAAGUGACCGAAGGUGGAGUAUCGAUCGGCGCCGCUCUAAGCGUUUCGGAUUUCGUGAGAUCUGUGGAAGAAUUUUGUGAUCCAUCGAUUAGCACACCAAUCAGAAACCUAUUUGAAAAGUACUCUUCCACACAAGUUAUGAACGUGGCGAGUUGGGUCGGCGGCUUAUUCACAGGAGCAAGCGACAUUUCGUCGGUAUUGCUGGCUUUUAACGCGAAGCUAGUAGUUCGAGAACUGGCAAGUGCCUUCACCUCAGGACAAGUCUCAGAUUUCAUGGACGAUCAAUACCAUAUGAAGCUGAAGAGUGGUGACGUUGUAGUGGCCGUUGUGUUUCCACGUUCACAGAAGAAUGUGCGAGUGUUCACGUUCAAGCAAGGACAACGCACAGGAGCGGAUACCACGGUGGUCAAUUGUGUUGGUGUGCUUCGUAGGAAAGAUAACAUCGAAAAUGCUCGUGUUGCUCUAUCAUUUGGCUCGGGAACAGUGCUGUGUAACAAAGUCAAUGAGUGCCUGAGUGGAAAGCGCUUUGAUGGGUUGGUGGGCAACAAUGAUGAGCUUCUGAAAGCUUUGGAUGAGGACAUCGCCCAGUUCUCGUCAAUUCCCGAUUUUAGCUACAGGAGAGCGCUAGCCAAAGCUGCUAUUAGUAAGAUGUGUGAGGAACUCAGCGGAAAGGCUACUGUGCAGAAAGAGAUCCCAGUAGAUUACCUUCAACUAUAUACAGAAUGGUCAAAAGGUGAUUCGGAUGCGUGUGGGAGGCCACUGGCAACUCAGUCGUCCGACAGAUACACUACCGGUGAAGCUGUCUUCGUCAACGAUAUGAAAAUCAAAGAUGUUGUCCAUGCUAGUGUCGUCCUUUCAACAAAAGCUCAUGCGAAAAUUCUCUCGGUGGAUGCGUCUGAGGCGCUGAGUAUGAACGGAGUUCUGAGAUACAUUGACAUCAAUAGUAUUCCGAAAGGAGGCACAAACUACCCUGGUAUGCUACCCGUAAAUGUCCUUGGACCUGAUAAUACGCCAAUGUUUGCCGAUGGAGAGGUACUAGCAGUAGGCCAAGUAAUUGGUCUGGUAAUUGCUGAAGAUUUGGAAACAGCACGGCGUGCAGCAAAGCUUGUGAAAGUUUGCUAUGAAGAACUCCCAGCAAUACUUACAAUGGACGAAGCAAUAGAACAAGGUUCAUACCAUGCAGAACCACUUCUACUUGGCGUUGAAGAAGAAGUAGUACGAAACGAGCUCAGAGACUGUGAAUUUGAGAUUGAAGGUACGACGACAACUGGUGGUCAGGAGCACUGUUAUAUGGAGACGCAAGGAAGUAUAGCUGUCCCGGGAGAGAAUGAUGAAUGGGUUAUUCAUUCUUCAACACAAUCAAUGAAUAUGGUACAGCUGUACACAUCAGCGGUACUGAGCAUUCCAGCAAAUAAAGUGACUGUUAGAGUUAAACGUAUUGGUGGAGCAUUUGGUGGCAAAGCUUCUCAAAGUUUGCCUCCUGGUGUGUGGGCAGCAGUAGCAGCGCAUGCUGUAAAACGUCCAGUCAGUGUUAUGCUCACUAGAAAUGAAGACAUGCUCAUAACUGGGAAACGUCAUCCAAUCAUGGUAAAGUACAGAGUCGGCUUAGAUCGGGAUGGCACGCUGCGUGCCGCAUAUCUCAAAGUGUAUGUUGAUGGAGGCUAUGCUAGCGAUGUAUCACAUAUGGUAACAUGGCUGUCGUCAGAAAUGGCCGACUGUUGUUACAAUUUUCCGGUAAUGAGAGUUGAAGGAUAUACGUUGAAGACGAAUAAGUCAAACAAUACUGCGUUCAGAGGUUUCGGCGUUCCUCAGGCGUUUUUUGCCAUGAAUGGUAUCCUUUCUCAUGCGGCUAGCUCCAUAUGCAAACCUCUCGAAGAGAUAAUGGAAAAGAACUUCAAAAAAAGUGGCGAGAUACGAUUUAGCAAGGAGCCGAUCCUCAAUGACGCUCUCUUGGAUUGUUGGAAAGAGUGCAUGCAGUGGAGUGAUUUCAAAAAAAGACGUGAAGAAGUCGAUAGUUUCAAUAAAAAAUCGGAGCAUAUUAAACGAGGUAUUGCAAUGGCUGCUACGCGAAUGGGAUUAACACAUCCUGGACCACUUGAACAGGCUGCAGCAUUGGUGCAGAUAUACAUGGACGGUACGGUUGCUGUAUCGAUUGGAGGAGUAGAAAUGGGACAAGGACUGAAUACGAAGUGCAUGCAAGUAGCCAGUCGUGCUUUGGGGAUUCCUAUUUCGCUUAUAACGAUACUUGAUGCAAGUACAGACAAAACGUGUAAUGCACCUGAUACAGGAGGAAGCCAAGCGGCAGAUAUCCAUGGCAAAGCGAUCCAGGUGUGUUGUGAGAGACUGUUAACUGGUUUACGUCCGAUUCUUAAAGAGGAACCAGAUUGGAAGAAAGCCGUGCUGAAAGCUUAUAAUAUGAAAUUACCGCUACAAGCUUCGGAGCAUAUACGUAUUGAACGGGAAAAAUACGGAAUAGCUGAGCAUUCGUCCACAUACCAAACCUCGGGUGCCGCCUGCAUUGUAUCGGAGGUCGAUUGCCGAACAGGGGAACACCAAUUACUUUCCGUGGAUAUUGUAAUGGAUGUUGGACGGAGCUUAAAUCCAGCUGUAGACAUUGGUCAGAUUGAAGGCGCAUUCAUGCAGAGUUAUGGAAAUUUCACUUGUGAGGAAUUGACGUACGAUGAUAAAGGAAAACUUGUAGAAGAUUCUUUAUACAAAUACAAAUUACCGACACCUGCAAUGACUCCAAAGAAGUACGUUUCUAUACUCAUGAAUGUUUUGCUUUUGUGCAGGUUCCGCGUUAAACUCCUCAAGGAAUCGGAUUGUUUUGAAGGACAAGUUUACUCGUCGAAAGGUAUCGGUGAACCGCCAAUGAUGCUCGGUGUUGGUACCUACGCUUCUUUACGAUACGCUAUCAGAUCACGACGUGCGGAUCUUCGCAUACCAGGUUUCUUCCCAGCCACAGCUCCAUUGACAGCCGCAAAAAUAGUGUCAUAUUGCAACUACGAAGAUUGUUAA